UGUAAGGACUCUUUUCCCCCCACCCCCACAUCUGUGUUCCUUGUCCCUCCAGCGCUGACGACCAGUUCACGGGAUCCAUGGAGACCAAUGCGGUGAUCCGCUACGACGGGCAGGUGAUGUGGGACUCCCCUGCCAUCACCAAGAGCUCCUGCAAGGUGGAUGUCUCCUACUUCCCUUUCGACGGACAGCAGUGCCGACUGACUUUCGGCUCGUGGACCUACAACGGCAACCAGAUCGACCUCCUAAACGGGCUGGACACAGGCGACCUGACGGACUUCGUGGAGAACGUGGAGUGGGAGGUGCUGGGCAUGCCGGCCAAGAGGAAUGUCAUCACCUACGGCUGCUGCUCGGAGCCCUACCCCGACAUCACCUACACGCUGCUCCUCAAGCGACGUGCCUCCUUCUACAUCUUCAAUCUGCUUCUUCCCUGCAUCAUGAUCUCCUUCCUGGCCCCGCUGGGGUUCUACCUCCCAGCCGACUCUGGGGAGAAGGUCUCCUUGGGGGUGACGGUCCUGCUGGCGCUCACCGUCUUCCAGCUGCUGGUGGCAGAGAGCAUGCCGCCCUCUGAGAAUGUGCCACUGAUCGGGAAGUAUUACAUUGCCACCAUGACCAUGAUCACGGCCUCCACCGCACUGACCAUAUUCAUCAUGAACAUUCACCACUGUGGCCCAGGAGCCAAGCCCGUGCCCAAGUGGGCCAAGAAGUUCAUCCUGAAGUACAUGGCCCAGCUAUUCUUUGUCUAUGAGGUUGGGGAGAGCUGCAAAAGUCCCAAACAGCAACUGGGCCACCUACCCACAGUCCAAGUGGUGAGUGGCAGGGCCGUCAAGGAGGAGCAGAAAGCCCAGACAAUGGAGGAUGACUCGGACGUGAUAUGCCGGGAUAAGUCUCCACAGCAGGAGUUGGUGUCGCAGACGCUCAGCAGUGCCUCUGGCCAGCAGGACUGGAAAGAGACCGGGACACGUAUGAAGCUAGAAUAUGGCCGGGAGGGGCAGCAAUACCGAGUCUGUACGAAGACCCAGUGCCUUUGCCACCACAACAGCCUGCUGAGGAACGUCGAGUACAUUGCCAACUGCUUCCGGGACCAAAAGGCGGCUCAGAAACAGAGCGGUGAGUGGAAGAAAGUGGCCAAGGUCAUGGAUCGCAUCUUCAUGUGGAUCUUCUUCAUUAUGGUCUUCUUCAUGAGCAUGCUCAUCAUGAGCAAAGCCAUCUGA